AUGUAUUUGAUUUCAGUACCGAAUCUCCCUCCAGUAUUUUCUGUUCACAUUGAAGCUUCCAGUUUGUAUUUCUUGUAUAAAGCGAAUGUAACAGUGGAUACUACCAUAGAGCUAUUGCUGAAAUGCUUUCAAGCCCAUGUUAAAGAUGUUUUUGACUACAAGUUUAAUUGUGCCGGACAAGACUUACAAAGUACUGAUACUCUUAAAAAUCUAGGAUUAAAGAAUGGAAAAGUUAUAGAACUUCACGUACCUAUAAAUUCCGAUAGAAGUAUCUAUACUAUUAAAUCAAUGAUUAAGGAUUGUGAAGAUAUUCCCAUUCCAACAUUGGAGCUAAUUCUAGUAUCGGUUAAACUUUAUGUGAGAAUGCAGGAUGGAGAAGUUAUAGAACUUCAUGUACCUGGAGAAUUCGAUAUUAUACUUAUGACGGACGUGAGAUGCCACGCCAAGAAAAUAUGUAAGUCUUUACCAGGAAUGUUGGCUACAAGAUCCACUGCUAAGACCAACAAUGGAAGAAAUUCAUCUACAAAAGAACACGAUGAUAGUAUUAGCGAACUUGAUAUUAAUCCUCCAACAUCUAAUUUAUCUAUAGAAUACAAAGAAUGUGAUGAUGGUGUUAAAAAGCUUGACAUUAAUUACCUUUGA